AUGAAUGAGGUUACUGAAGAUACAAUUAGACUCUGCCUAUUCUCAUUUUCUUUAAGGGAUAAAGCAAAGGCUUGGUUCCAGUCACCACCGUAUGGCUCAAUUACAACUUGGGAUGAUUUGGCUCAGAAAUUCCUCACCAAGAGAUGUCCUCAACAUGGGUUCCAGAAAUGGGUGCAAAUUGAGAUAUUUUAUAAUGGGUUAAAUGGGCAGACAAGGACUAUGGUAGAUGCAGCUGCGAGAGGCAUUUUAAUGGCUAAAACAGUAGAGGUUGCAUAUGCUUUAUUGGAUGACAUAGCCACCAACAGUUACCAAUGGCCAAGUGAGAGAUUGGGUGUAAAGAAAGUAGCAGGACUUCAUGAAGUGGAUCACAUCACCGCACUAGCAGCUCAGGUUGCAUCACUCACAAAUCAGAUAGUCACGCUUACCUCUCAAGGAAAUCAACAGAAGGUGAAUUCAGUCAUAAGUACUUCUUCAUCACACCAAGAGACAGAGGUUGCAAACGAGCAGGCACAAUAUCUCAACAGUAGAAACUACAAUCAAAGAGGAAGCUACCAAGCUAAUCACUAUCAUCCAGAGUUGAGGAAUCACGAAAACUUGUCAUAUGGCAACAAUAGAAACACACUUCAACCUCCACCCGGAUUAAACACUCAGAAUUCUGAUGGGAAACCACCCUUGGGUGACAUCCUUGGGAAGUUCAUUUCUGAGACAAGAUCACGCUUCAACAAAGAUGAAUCACGGUUGGAUAAUAUUGAAACACGUGUCCAACAUGGGAGCCACAAUGAAGAAUCUUGA